AUGACCACACGAAGCAGCAGCAGCUCUCGGCAUCAGCAUUUUUGGCCAGCAGAGCAGUCCGGCCUCCUCCACAUUGAGCGACGAGCAGUCCGGCCUCCUCCUCAGCAGCAGCAGCUAGAGCCAGCAGAGCAGUCCGGCCUCCUCCACAUCAGCCUAGAGCCAGCAGAGCAGAAGCAGCAGCAGCUAGAGCCAGCAGAGCAAGCAGUCCGGCCUCCUCCUCAGCAGCAGCAGCUAGAGCCAGCAGCAGUCCGGCCUCCUCCAGCAGCAGCUAGAGCCAGCAGCAGCCUCCUCCAGCCAGAGCAGUCCGGCCUCCUCCUCCAGCAGCUAGAGCCAGCAGCAGUAGAGCAGAGCAGUCCAGCAGCAGCAGCCAGCAGUCCGGCCUCCUCCUCAUCAGCAGCAGCUAGAGCCAGCAGAGCAGUCCGGCCUCCUCCUCAUCAGCAGCAGCUAGAGCCAGCAGAGCACAGCAGUCCGGCCUCCUCCACAUCAGCAGCAGCAGCAGAGCAGCAGCAGCCAGAGCAGUCCGGCCUCCUCCUCAGCAGCAGUCCGGCUCAGCAGCAGCCAGCAGAGCAGUCCGGCCUCCUCCUCAGCAGCAGCAGCAGAGCAGUCAGCCUCCUCUCCAGCAGUCCGGCCUCCUCCUCAGCAGCAGCAGCUAGAGCCAGCAGAGCAGUCCGGCCUCCUCCUCAGCAGCAGCAGCUAGAGCCAGCAGCAGCAGCAGCUAGAGCCAGCAGAGCACAGCAGCCUCAGUCCGGCCUCCUCCUCAGCAGCAGCAGCCUCCUCCUCAGAGCCAGCAGAGCAGUCCGGCGGCCUCCUCCUCAGCAGCAUCAGCAGCAGCAGCCUCCUCCUCAGCAGCAGCCAGCAGAGCCAGCAGCAGUCCGGCCUAUCCUCGGCAGCAUGAGAGCCAGCAGCAGUCCAGCCUCCUCCUCAUCAGCAGCGGCUAGAGCCAGCAGAGCAGUCCGGCCUCCUCCUCAGCAGCAGCAGCAGCUAGAGCCAGCCAGUCCGGCCUCCUCCUCAUGA